GGUAUGGUAGCGGUGCUACCGGGGCUUUACGUUGGCGGUGCGGAGUCGUGUUCGUCCCCGGAAUCGCUGGCGGCGGCGGAGGUGGUGGCGGUGCUGACGGUAGACGCAGAGGAGGCGCCGGUGGUGCCAGGGGUGCGCGCAAUGCACGUGCGGGCGCUGGACGAGCCCGGCGCUGACCUGCUGAGCCACCUGGAUGACUGCGCCGCCUUCAUCGGCGCGGCGCGGGCGGGCGGCGGUGCCGCACUCGUGCGCUGUCAGGCCGGGGUCAGCCGCAGCGUGGCUGUAGUGACCGCCUACCUCAUGAAGACCGAGGGACUCGGCUGGGAGCAGGCCUACGCCGCCGUCAGAGCUGCCAAACCCGACGCCGAGGUGAACCCGGGUUUCCAGGAGCAGCUGAAGCUCUACGAGGCCAUGGGCUGCGCCGUGGACAGCAGCAGCGCUCUCUACAAGCGGUACCGGCUGCAGAUGCUGACGGAGAAGUACUCCGAACUUCAAGACUUGCCCCGAGAAGUCUUUGCUGUUGAUCCAACCAAUGUCAGUCAAACUCCGCACCCAGAGGUUCUCUACAGGUGCAGGAAAUGCAGGCGUGCUCUGUUCCGCAGCUCCAGCAUUCUGUCCCACGCAGCAGGAGGUGGGCCCAGGGCCUUUGCCCACAAGAGGAUGACAGACUCCGCUCAGCUCUGCGGAGACGGCCGCGAGAAGUGCACCUCGUACUUCACUGAGCCUGUGCAGUGGAUGGAGCCAGCGCUGCUGGGAGUGAUGGAAGGACAGCUUCUGUGUCCCAAAUGCACGUCGAAGCUGGGCUCCUUUAGCUGGCGGGGCGAUCAGUGCUCCUGCGGCCGCUGGGUGACGCCUGCCUUCCAGAUCCACAAGAGUCGAGUGGAUGAAGUGAGGACACUUCCAGUUGGGAACUUCCAAACUGCCGAAACCUGAACUUGUCACUGCCCUCCAUGGGAUGCUUAAUGGCUGCAGAAGACUGCUGGCUAGUCUGCAGUCGCCAGGAGGGAGCUUGUGCCUUCCACCACUGCGCCAUGCGAUAGGAUUCCUUAAACAUCUGCUUAUGUAUCUCUAGUAUUUAUAAAACACCAACCCAGUCCAUCCAAGAGUGCUGCACAGGGGUCAAACAACAUACAACAAUGCCUCAAUGUGAUGGGUUUAGUGUAUUUUUCACUUCAUCUGCUGCUGUUUACAGGGCUCAACUCCCCCUUUAAAAAGAAUGCCGAUGUGUUACUUUCAGGCUUCUCCAGCACUGCUGCUUACCUUCAGAGCCAGGAGUUCUAACAGAUUCAUUUGAAACAACACAGCUGAGAUUUCAGGAGGUAUAUUCCUACAAUGCAAGGUACACAGCAGGGAAGGAUG